AUGGCUGCUCGACCUGCAUCUCUACUUAAAGCCCCACCUCUGGACAAAUUCCACGAUCAUUUCGUAGUGAUCGCAACGUUGCCUGGCCCAGAGCAUACUCUCUCCUGGAAUACGCCUCCCGUUAUUGGGUCUCCCAUGUACAAGAAUUGCCGGCAAGCUCGCGCCUGGAGUUGGAGGGUCAGAUUGGUUGCCGAAGCUGUUCGUGCUGGCGACGGUGAGGUUACCAAGCUUCUCCUAGACGACGGCGCAGACCCGGAUGCAGGCUUUCCGCUUCAUAUUGCUGCUCGUGAGGACUUCCGACAAAUCGCGAAGAUGCUCAUCGAGGACGGCGCCAAUGUGCACUUGGAGCAAGAUGGCAAGAACCCCCUCGAGAUCGCCAUUGAUUGGAAGAACGGGACCAUCAUGCGUUGUAUCUUUGCCACCGGAGAGAAUGUUAGACAUCCUCCGUAA